CACACUGGAUCUCAUGUGCCCAUGUGUAAAUCAGAAUUUUAAAUCGAAACAUCCAGAAAUUGAACGAAUUUAACUUGUCACAAUAGUUACAACAGUUAAGAAUAUCGCUAGCACAAUGUCUGGAGAAGAGGAAAAGUUUGACUCCAUUUUACUGGCCGUGGCAGAGAAGCACCGCGGUGGCGUGCCCGAUUUCCUCCACACAAUGGCCAGCUUUUUGCGUCGCAAGACAGAUUUCUACACAGGCGCCAAGCAGUCGGAAUGGGAGAAACUGCUGCUGGACAUUUUUCGCAAGGAGUCGGCACUGGCCAUGGAGGCGCACGCCGAAAAAGUCAAGGCCCGCGAGGCCACUCAACGCAUCAAGAAGGAGAAGGAGCGCGUGGAGCGUGAGGCACGCCAAAAGGAAAUCGACGCUAACAAAAUUUGUGAUAUUUCCGAUGAGGAAGCAGCGGCCAUUAUUAAAGAGGAGGAGGACAAAAAACGCCAGCAGCUGCUGCACAAAGCUGGCGGCGCAGCCACUGAGAAUCUCGACGACGUAUCCAAGCCCAUAGAAAAAGUGGACGAUGACUCCGAGAAGGCGGAGGUGGGCAAGCUGCAGCCCAAUGCCGGCAAUGGCUGCACCCUGGACAAGUACAUGUGGACGCAGACCCUGCAGGAGGUGGAGCUCAAGAUCUCCUUCAAUGUGACAUUCGCUCUGCGUGCCCGCGAUCUGGUGGUCAGCAUUGGCAAGAAGACCCUCAAAGUGGGCCUCAAGGGCCAGGAGCCCAUCAUCGAUGGCGAGCUGUGUGGCGAGGUGAAGCAGGAGGAAUCCGUGUGGGUGCUGCAGGACAGCAAGACGGUGCUCAUCACUCUGGACAAGAUCAACAAAAUGAACUGGUGGAAUCGUCUAGUCACCACUGAUCCCGAAAUAUCCACACGCAAAAUCAACCCAGAGCCAUCGAAAUUGUCCGAUUUGGAUGGCGAGACGCGCAGCACGGUCGAGAAGAUGAUGUUCGAUCAACGCCAGAAGGAGAUGGGUCUGCCCACCAGCGAUGAUCGCAAGAAGCAGGAUUUACUUGAAAAAUUCAGACAACAGCAUCCCGAGAUGGACUUUUCCAAAUGCAAAUUCAAUUAGGUUUUAAUACUUUUUGUUACACAUUUGACACAUCUUCUACUACAAAACAUCUUAUACUUCUGCUACAAACAAACCUUCUCCUUCUUUUGCUACAAACAUUUCCUUCUUCCAUUGCACACAAAACAAACAACCAACAAAAGCUGAGAAAUAAAUAAAUAUAAUGUGU